ACAUCUAACACUUUUCGAAUCGAUCAAAUUGAGUUGCACGCAGACCGUACUGGUGACCGCGUUUAAAGCUAAAUUAGUGACGGAAAAUACAAAUACUUGCAGACGGUACUACGAAAAUUAGUCACACUUACAAUAUUAUUGUGCAAAUUGAAUGGUUAGCAAAUGAAAUAAGAAUAAAAGUAAAAAUAAUAUGUCCGUCACUGUGGAUCGUGAGAAAAACAUGCAAGCAACGGCGCAUGAUGAGGUCGAUUUCAGUAGCGGUUUCGAGACACAAUAUCUGCAGGAGUACCGUCCGCCGAAAGCAACGGUGCGUCCAGCGCCACCCGAUCCCAGUUUGGCUUGGUAUCGCAACACCAUGUCGAUUAUGAUGGUCUGCUUUCUUUUCGUUGUGCUCAUGACCGGUUCAAUCUUCCUCAUACGCGCGAUCUUCUCCUCAGACCCCACAACUGUGGUCAUACUGUUGGUAGCCUAUUUGGCGGUUGCAUUUUUCUUCAUUUGGCUAGAGGUGUUUAGCAAGCACGUGCGUUGAGUUCACAAUGAAGUGGGAGAUUUCAAAAAAAUAAGAAUUUACUUUCAGAAAAAUUUUCAGUGAUAACGUUUAUAUAUGUAUGUACUUAUGUAAAUAUUUAAAGCAUUAAGUGAUAUUAAAUUAAAUUUUAUUUUACAGAUAUCCCAAUUAUUUAUGUAUGUGUUUACUGCCAAUUGUUAUGGCCACAUAUUGAAAAAUAAAUAUGUUCAAAUUUGAUCGUGUUAAAGAUUAAAAA